AUGAAUGACCAACAUGCUGAGCGUCAUCGAGACGAGAGCAAGCCAUGUCCACUUGCAUGCAAGUCGAAAGCCAGCCUCGAAUGCCACAUGUUUGCACACUCUCACAAUGAGUCUGAAAAGUCUCCCACUGCUCCUCCAACGAAUGUUCAGAUGGGAGAAAAGAGUUCUGGGUGCAACAUCUAUUCCUCUGCAUUCUCGUGGUCAGCAGGUGACGAGAACCACAUGGUGAAGCAUACUGACAAGAGGCCAUACAAGACCGAUGUCUGCCCUGCCGAGUUCAGCCUGAGCGGGAACCUACAGCAGCACAAGCAAACAGAUUCAUGCAAGAAACCAUACAAGUGCGAUGUCUGCCCUGCGGAGUUCAGACAGGGUGGGCACCUACAGCAGCACAGGCGGACACACACCUGCGAGAAGCCAUACAAGUGCAACCUCUGUCCUGCAGAGUUGAAACAGAGCGCAAACCUGUCACAUCACAAGCGAACACACAUCGGCAAGAAGUCAUUAAAAUGCGAUCUCUGUCCUGCAGCGUUUAGCCAGAGGAGGUACUUACAGUGUCACAAGCCGACGCACACGGGCGAGAAGGCGUACAAGUGCGAUCUCUGUCCUGCAGCGUUCAGCCAGAGGAGGUACUUACAGUGUCACAAGCGGACGCACACGGGCGAGAAGGCGUACAAGUGCAGUCUCUGUCCUGCGGAGUUCAGACAGAGCGCAGCCCUGUCACGUCACAAGCGAGCACACGCAAGUGAGAAGCAAUACAAGUGCGAUGUCUGCCCUGCAGAGUUCAGUCAGGGCGGGUACCUACGGCAGCACAAGCGAACACACACAGGUGAGAAGCCAUACAAGUGCGAUGUCUGCCAUGCAGAGUUCAGCCUGAGUGGGAACCUACGGCGUCACAAGCGGACACACACGGGCGAAAAGCCAUACAAGUGCGAUGUCUGCCGUGCAGAGUUCAGCCUGAGUGGUAACCUACGGCAUCACAAGCGGACACACACGGGUGAGAAGCCAUACAAGUGCGAUGUCUGCUCUGCGGAGUUUAGCCGAGAGUUCAGCCAGAGCGGGACCCUGCAGCAGCACAAGCGGACACACACGGGCGAGAAGCCAUACAAGUGCGAUCUCUGUGCUGCGGAGUUCAGCAGGGGCGUGGACCUACAGCAGCACAUGCGGACACACACGGGCGAGAAGCCAUACAAGUGCGGUCUCUGUCCUGCAGUGUUCAGACAGCGUGUAACCUUGUCACAUCACAAGCGAACACACACGGGUGAGCAGCCAUAAAAUUGCAGCCUCUGCCCUGCAGUGUUUAUCCACAACCCAAACUUGCAGUGUGAUGCAAGUGCGUUUUCUGUCCCACAGAAUAGCACAAGCAGGCACCCUGGGGUGAGAAGCCACAAAAGAACAUUCUCUGUUCUGCAGACCUGAGGCACAACACAAAACUGCAGUGUAGCAAGAAGACUUACAUGAAAGCGAAGCCAUACAAGUGCAACCUCUGUGCUGCACAAUUCAUAUGGAGCAGGAACAAAGUUAGAGAAGCUGCUGCUAGAGCUAGUUCAGCCAGAGCACGAACUUGUGGCUUAACGUGUAGCCAGGACACACUUGGGAUAGUGACCAUAGAAGUGUGCAGGGACCAAGUACACUUGAAAGAGUGCCAGUGCUGUGGUGUUGUGUGUCCUGAACCCAGAGGCCUGAAGAAGCACAUGCUAAUGCCUGUGCAUGGGGGAAGGCUGUAUGGAUGCAAUCUGUAUCCCACCGUGUUUUAUUUCUGGUUCUGGUAACUCGCGCGCAUGAACAGACCGAGGCUAA